AUGUUGCUACAUAAUGUUAUUGUCCUUCUUAUUUUUGUUCUCCUUCAUCAUGUCUAUGGAAACGAUGAUCUCUGCCGAUUAACUGAAUUCGAUGUGCCACAGGGUGUCAUUUCCUAUCAGUUCAAUGAUGUUCAAGAGAAAUUGUUUUAUAAAACGGAUUAUAUCUGUCAAAAUAAACCAGUUUUUCGCUCGAUGAAGUACUCAAAUCUGUACCAGUUUCAAUCAUCGACGAAUCGUUGGUGGUCUCUCUAUGAUACCACUAAUUCAACGUAUAAAAUAGGGCGUCGAGAAUGGUGUGAUGGCUGGAAUAUGAAACCACUACUUUCAAUGUCAUUAGGCAUGUUUCAACAUCCACUUGGAAAACAACGGCGAGGACAACGGUGGCAACAGGUGAUUGUUCAUGAGACAAAUAACAGUUAUACAUACAAACCCACACCAAAUGUUCAUCUCAAAUGUUACUAUGCAUCAUCACCACCCUCACCGUGUCAAACGCGUCAAUUAGCUUUUCUCUUUGAUUUAACUGAAACAACAACCGACCAGGAAUUUCAUCAAAUGAAAUUAUUGGCUAAAUCUCUUAUCUGGUUACUCUAUAAUCAAACACAAAUUGCUCUAAGUUAUUAUCGUGAUACAUUUCAUUUGAUGCACACAUUUGACAAUCAGACAUCAUCGAAAAGUCUUGAACAAUUGUUUGACUCGAUUGAUGCGCUCAAUAAACGACUAGAAACGCCAAAGCGUUUCACUGUUCGAUGGGCAGAAGCUAUACAUAAUGUUGCAACACGAAUCUUCAAGCGUCGUCUCUUGCUACCAAUGAAUGUAAUCAAUUCUACUGAUCAAUACCAAUCAUCAGCGAAUGAGACAACUGACGAUGAAGUCUAUACGGAACCAUAUCCAUUAAUCUAUUCAGAUGACCUCGCAAUACUGACAAUUCUUAAUAUAACAACAGAACCGUAUCGAGACAAGCGCUCAAUCAAAACAAAACACGAUAGAAGAAACCAUGUUCUUAUCAUGUUGACAUCACGUUCAAAAGAUCUCUAUGAUUAUAAACAACGUGAUAGACGUCUAGCACAAUUUGUUGCAUCGGUGCCAUUACGAAUCAUGGUAGUUGAUUUUAAUAAACUAUCCGAUAGGAAAGUAGCUGAAUAUAUACACUCAGCAUUUGUUCAUAGUGCUAAAUAUGCUUUAGUUUCGCCACCAGCAACAUAUAAUUAUAUUGAAACCUACGAGAAGUUUGGUGAUGCUGUACAUGGAAAUCAACUCUUCGAUCAUUACGAUCGCUUAUGUCAAACCAUUGACGAACUACUUCUAAUUCAAAAUCAUACUUCUAAUAUCAUAGAAGCGGACCGCUUCACAGUUGAAUGUCCACUAUUGACAUUAUCAGACAAUCAAGAUAUAAGCUCGAGUUUAAAAGAAAAAUUCGAUUAUACAUUUUAUCAAACAACUGACCGAUGCUUUUUUGCACCUGUCUAUCGGUCAUUGGGUGAUCGGAAUAUAUAUGCGCAGAAAAUACAAACUGGUCGUUGGGUGAUUAUUAAUGUGGAUCCACUACUGCCGUCGACAAUGACUGUUCGACAAAGACUGGCGUUAACCACUACCAGUACCCUAGCACCGGAGUUCGUAGACGCAGGCGACUAUGCCAAUGGUCCAUUGAUUGAUGAUAAUUAUGUCAACAACAAUCGAACAAUAUAUACCGAAAUGCCGAUGAGUAUUCCACAUUGUUCAAACACUCCGGGUAUAGACGUGCUAUGGGAAAGCGAGGGUAAUUAUGACAUGAAUGACUAUUCCUUACGUACGCCUCGACAAUGGAUAUCAUAUACCAAUCAGUCGGAUUUAGUUCCUCCAGUUUGUAACAAGUAUAGAAUAUCUUGUCAUACUGCAAACUAUGACAUUCUUCUUCUUAUUGAUUCUCAACGUCAAUACAUAUCUUCGAUACAAACGUUUCUCGAAAUAUUUCUAGCAUUAAUCGAACCAUCUAAUCAUCGUUUCAGUCUCAUGGUAUUAUCAUCGACGACAGUAGAUCCAUUUCAAUAUCAUUCUCCAUUAACGGCAAUCAUUUCACUAAAUAAUAAAGCGCUUGAAAACAUUUUAUUAUAUACUGAUAAUGAGAAUAGUUCCAGGGUUCCAUUAAAUCAACACAUGCAACGUGCAAGUGAAUAUUUAUUCAAUCAAGUUUCAUCGACUGUUCCGACACAACAAAUCAUUUUAACAAUUUCAUCUCGUUUAAAUUUUCAUCCAUCUGAUAUGAAGAACUUGAUCCAGCGUUAUGCAUCGCUUCGAUAUAUGGCACUUGAUCCAUAUUUGAAAACUGAUGAUGAAGAUUAUAUUAAUGAUCAAAGAAGAGAAAAACUCGUGUCUGCAUUAGUGUCAUCACCUUCACAUGCAAAUAUGUUUCGAACUUAUGCAGCCAAUCGAGAUUUAACAUUUAGUACAGUGUUUCAAUUAUUGGAAAGUAUAUGUGGAUACUUUCGUUAA